ACUGCGCGCAUCCAGAGGCGCAUGAGAAGCAGAGCCCCCGUCCUCUUGCCCAUGACAUCCCCGCUGCAACCCCCCUUCGAGGUAUUCUGUACAUGCUCAGAGGGCGGCCCGUCGUGCCCAGAGAGGCUUCUUCUCGGGAAGCCGGCGGCGCGGCAGGACUCCUUCGGCCGAGCAGGCGGAGGCGGAGGCGGAGGCGGACCCCAGCUGGCAGCGUCCCCGCCCGCCGGGCCGCCCCCUCCGGCUGCCCCUGUCCGGCGUCGCCGGCGUCGGUCCUGCCCGCGGCGGGCGAGAAGCCGAAGGCGCGCUAUGGCCUGGGCGUCGGGGGGCAGCGGCGCCUCGGAGGAGCUGAAGCAGCAGCUGCUGAUCGGCCAGUUCGUGGCGGCGGCCGGCUGCGCCGCGGACCAAGCCCGGCAGCUCCUGCAGGCCGCCCACUGGCAGUACGAGGUGGGCCCACGGGGGCUGAGCCCUUUCUCGGCUUGGGAAAGGUCUAACAUUGGGGGUGGGAAGCAAGAGGCGUGUGGGGUUGGUAGGAUCGGAGCGGGAUUCCGCCCUCGGGGCAUGUGCAGAGUGCCUGCCCGUCGCGCUCUUGCGCGGGCCACUUUGCGCAUCUCAGAGCUGGGUUAAAUGCGUGCGCCUAGCCGGGGAGAGAGGGGGGUCCUUCCUCCUCCCCAGCCAGCCGGGCCUGAUCCAUGCCCCAACCGGUUCACGUGGCCUCGUGGAGUAACAGGUGUCCGAGGCCGGUCCGGGAUGGGGGAGAUGAGAGAGAAAGGAGAGAGGAAAGUUCCGACCAGAAAAGCCCCGUGUUUCCGACGACUGCACAAUAACGUGUCAUAAAAUGCAGGUCACAUUCCAGCAGCGCCCUGCAGGAUUCCAGGCCUCCGGACCCAGCAACCCUGCUGGACUACAACUCCCAUCCUCCCUGACCGCUGGUCCUGGUAGCUGGGGACGAUGGGAGUUGUAGUCCAACAACAGCUGGGGACCCCGAUUCGAGGAAGACCAGCGCUGAUCAGUGCCUGGAUGGAGGACCAGCUGGAGACCUCAAAUGUAGCUGCUGCCUCGGGUUCCAUGGAAGAAAGAUGGGAUAUAAAUGCAAGACAGGUAAAAUAAAUGCACUUGUACAUCUCCCUCCCCCUGAAAAAAAAUGCCUUGCAAACCCCCCCAACAGAAAUUCCAAAGCUCAUGAACUUUUUCCUGGCUUCUGCUAGAAGCUACUUGCUUUUGGAGGAAGUGUGUUUGUUUGCGGGGAGGGAAGGAAGGGACUUCAAAUAUUGAGUCUUCGGUUUGCUCAGUCAAAGAGCAAAGGACACAUUCUAGCACCUGGGGAUCCUAUUAAAGGUCUAUCCUCCCAUUAAAAUCCUGCUCUAACCAGGACUGAGAUUAUCCCCCUCCCCACCUUUCGGGGUGGGGGCUCCCUUGUGUUCCACCACCACCUCCCUACUGUGCACAGGGGGACACACCCUCCAUCCUCCUGCCCCAGAGUGCCUUUAUUCAUUCUUUCAUUUAUAUCCCACCUUUGACUUCCAAAGAGCUCAAUAUGGCGUACAUGGCUCUCCCCUUCCUCCUUUCAUCCCCACAACAGCCCUGUGAGGUUGCCUAGGCUGAGAGAGGCAGUGGCUGGCUCAAGACGCGAGAGCUUCCCGACCUAAGUGGGGAUUUGAACCCUGGUCUCUGCCGGGCCCUGGUCCCCCUGCUCUAACUACUACACCACGCCGUCUCUUUCCCCAACUACCUAGCUGCCUCUAGAGCAGGGUUUCCCAAACCUGGGUCUCCAGCUGUUUUUGGACUACAAUUCCCAUCAUCCCUGACCAUUGAUCCUGCUAGCUAGGGAUGAUGGGAGCUGUAGUUAAAAAACAGCUAGAGAUCAAGUUUCGGCAACUCUGUAAUCUAAACCCUGGCUGGAAUUGCCUUUGGCCCUUUAAUUGUGUGCAUGUGCAUCAAUCUUAACAGCAUCUUAGGCAAAGGACUGCAGGCCAGCCAGCAACACUCUGGUUACUCUUCUUCCCGUUUCCCCCCUUUCUAUAGGCAGCCCUCAGCGCGUUCUUCCAAGAAUCCGGCAUCCCCUACAGCCAUCCCCAUCACCAGAUGGUAAGUGGCCUGCAAAACGUUUCCUCCUUGAGAUGUUUAUGGGAUGAACAGGGCUUCCAGAACCCGGAAGUGAGUUUUGAGCAUGGACAGGGGGCCAAAGAGAGCCGUGCUUGCUUACCCCCCUUGGUCUGCAGAGAACCUAAGAAGAACCUGUGUCCAGCAACCAGAGGCGGGAUUGAGGGGAACAUAACCGGUUUGUCCGCACUGGGCAACGAGGGGCGCCACAACAAGGACUUCAAAGGCAAGAGGUGGGGUGGGGGCUGCCCUUUGGCAUCAUGCAGGCCGCUGGUGAAAUUUGGAAGCCCAAAGCCAGCAUCCUGUUCUCCCAGUGGCCAGCCAGACUCCCCCGGGGGAAUCCACCCACAAGCAAGAGACCUGGGCACAGAAUAACUUUUGCCUCCUGCAGUUUCCAGCAGUGGACCUUCAGAAGCAUGGCUGACCAUGGAGGCCCAGCAUGGCCGUCCUGGCUAGGAGCCAUCGAUUGCCCUCUUCUCUGUGAAUUGGGCUCAUCUUCUAAACCAGGGGUCAGCAAACUUUUUCAGCAGAGGGCCGGUCCACUGUCCCUCAGACCCUGUGGGGGGGGCGGACUAUAUUUUGGGGGGAAAUUAACAAAUUCCUAUGCCCCACAAAUAACCCAGAGGUGCAUUUUAAAUAAAAGGACACAUUCUACUCAUGUAAAGUUCCUGGACCGUCCACAGGCCAGAUUUAGAAGGCAAUUGGGCCGGAUCCGGCCCCCGGGCCUUAGUUUGCCUACCCAUAUUCUAAAGCAGCCUUUCUCAACCUGUGGGUCCCCAGAUGUUGUUGAACUACAACUCCCAUCACCACUAGCUAGCAAGGCCAGAGCUCAGGGAUGAUGGGAGUUGUAGUCCAACAACAUCUGGGGACUCACAGGUUGGUCUUCAGGAGUUUAAUUAUGUCUUAGUGAAGGACCUUCUUUUCUCUGUCCUGACUCUUCCAACGUUCAGCCUCGUUGGGUCUCCCUCUCUCAACCCCCCCAACCCCCCAGGGCUGCUGCAAUUGGGGCAGGACUGGGGACCUACUUCCUUCUGCAUGCCAGCAGAUGCUCCACCACUGAGUGCUGUCCUUCACGACAGGCUUUGCCCAACAUCCUCUGCCUUGUUCUUCACCAGCGACAAACAGGCUGAGCUAAAGUGAUGGAGAGUCCGGGAUUUUGCCACAAUUGUGACUCUGCCGCGGGAAGGACAGCUCCGUGGUAAUGCUGGGGGGCACCCCCUCUGACCUCCCCCUCUUGUCUUCUUUCUCUGCAGAUGUGCACGCCUGCCAACACGCCUGCCACCCCGCCCAGCUUCCCUGAGGCCCUCGCCAUGUUCUCCCGCCUCAAGGCCUCGGAGGCAGCCGCCUCUCCUCCCCUUCCGCCGCCCCCACUGCCCCAGCCCGGAGCCUUCCCCUGGCCGGCCUGCUCCCUGCCUGGGCAGCCGGGUGCAUGGACUGCCAGCCACCCUCUGCAGCCGGCAGGCUGGCCUGGCAACCUCUCCCAGCAAGGCAGCUCCGAGCCAAAGACCAGUGCCACGCUGGAGGCCGAGAGAUGAGGAGACAAGGGCCACGCAGCAGAUGCAGGGGGGGGGUGAGACCCACAACGCUUCAGAGACAUGGAUAGAGAAGCCGCUGACAGCCCCAGGGGCAUUGCUUGACUCUGGAGGUGGGUGGCACCGGGCCUGGCUGCAAGGGGUAGGCUGGUGCCAACGCCUCUGUGUGGGUGUUGUGUUUGAGACGCACUCAGAGCAAGGUGGGCAUGAGAGAGUUCUGCUUCCCCACUCCAGUGCCUUUCCUGUAUGGGGGGCAGGACUUUUGCAGGCCUUUCCUGGAGGAAACCCACCCCUGUUGGGCUCCCAGCGAUUCACUUCUUUGCUGUCUCUGCCACCUCAGCUCUGCCCAAGGUGGGCGUUGCCACCCAUGGACCAAACCGCAUGCUCAGAUUUCAACUGCCCCCCAUUGAAAAGUGGUGGUGGUGGUUGGGGUUUUGGUUUUGUUCUGGUUUAAUAAUCUGCCAUUUUUUUAAGGAUUAAAUUUCUUUUCCGGA